GAGAGUUUCGUCCUUGCCAACAACAUGUGCUGCUGUGUGCAUGCACUUUCGUGGACGCGAAUGCUUGCAGAUGCUUGCAGAUGCUUGCACGUACCUGGUUGUCUGCAUUGACGCAUGCUUGCAUUGAUCUGACGCAGUGGAUAUGCGGCAUUGUCGCGGAUGCCUGUAUUGACACAGAUGCCCGUACUUAUGCUCACGCGGACACCUUCUUACUAUUUUGUUAACUGUCUCCUCAUCUGGCUUCAUCUUGAUGUGUUGCUUUGCAGCUCUUACGAUUUGGGGAUCCAAAGUUCGCUUUGCUGCAUCACAUUUACUUCUACUGAUGUGGGAAUUGCAGGCCUCGCAGCUCACCUCGGCUCACUUUUGUACAAGUUGGGGUCAGUAUUGGCAAUUUGGGGGCUUUCGCCCGAAAAAAACCAUCCGCUUGGAAUCAUCAAUCAUGCAUUUUUUUCUCAUUCUCACUACGCCGGGGCCCGUGACACAACCGUACAAGAGCUCCCACGAAGUGUGGAUCUUGUCUGCAGUACUGGAAACUUACUCGUUAGUUUGAUUGUGAAGUCGGAAAUUUCCAAAGGUGGGACCCGAGGCUCUUGAGGGACGUAAACGAAACUUUUGCAAAAAUAUGUCCUAAUCUGUCCCUAAAUGAGGUUGCAAUCAGCUUGCA